CGACAGCGGGCGACCCGGAAGUGUUCCCAUUUUGCGCAGUCUGGGCUCGGCGGCGGCCGGGCACGGGGCGGCCGGACCACUAUGGGAUCGUCAAAGAAGCACCGCGGGGAGAAGGAGGCAGCCACGACGGCGGCGGCGGCCGGCACCGGGGGCGCCACCGAGCAACCGCCGCGGCACCGGGAACACAAAAAACAUAAGCAUCGGAGCGGCGGCGGCGGCGGCAGCGGCGGCGAACGACGGAAGCGGAGCCGGGAGCGGGCAACCGAGCGCGGGGGCGGGCGGCGCGGGGCUGAGGCCGAGACCCGGAGCGGCGCGCACGGGCGGGAGCGUAGCCAGACCGAGCCCUCCGAGCGGCGCGUGAAGCGGGAGAAGCGCGAUGACGGCUUCGAGACCGCUACCGGCUCCAAAAGCAGCUCAGGAGAUGCCUCGUCACUCAGCAUCGAGGAGACCAAUAAACUCCGGGCAAAGUUGGGGCUGAAACCCUUGGAGGUCAAUGCCGUCAAGAAGGAGGCGGGCACCAAGGAGGAGCCCGUGGCAGCCGAUGUCAUCAAUCCUAUGGCCUUGCGACAGCGAGAGGAGCUACGAGAGAAGCUGGCAGCUGCCAAAGAAAAGCGCCUCCUGAACCAAAAGCUAGGGAAGAUCAAGGCACUGGGGGAGGACGACCCCUGGCUGGAUGACACUACCGCCUGGAUCGAGAGGAGUCGGCAGCUGCAGAAGGAGAAGGACUUGGCGGAGAAGAGGGCCAAGCUGCUGGAGGAGAUGGACCAAGAGUUUGGUGUCAGCACUCUGGUGGAGGAGGAGUUCGGCCAGAGGCGGCAGGACCUGUACAGUGCCCGGGACCUGCAGGGCCUCACCGUGGAGCACGCCAUUGAGUCCUUCCAAGAAGGGGAAACUGUGGUCCUCACCCUCAAGGACAAGGGCGUGCUGCAGGAGGAGGAGGACGUGCUGGUGAAUGUGAACCUCGUGGAUAAGGAGCGGGCUGAGAAGAACGUGGAGCUGCGGAAGAAGAAGCCCGACUACCUGCCCUAUGCAGAGGACGAGAGCGUGGACGACUUGGCCCAGCAGAAACCCCGCUCUAUCCUGUCCAAGUACGAUGAGGAGCUCGAGGGCGAGCGCCUGCACUCCUUCCGCUUAGACCAGGGCGGCAUGGCCGAUGGCAUUCGGGAGCGCGAGCUGGAAGAGGUCCGGGCCAAGCUGCGGCUGCAGGCUCAGUCCCUGAGCACGGUGGGGCCCCGGCUCGCUUCCGAGUACCUCACACCCGAGGAGAUGGUGACCUUUAAAAAGACCAAGCGGAGGGUGAAGAAGAUCCGCAAGAAGGAGAAAGAGGUGGUAGUGCGGGCCGACGACUUGCUGCCUCUUGGGGACCAGACUCAAGAUGAGGACUUUGGUUCCAGACGGCGGGGCCGGGGGCGGUACCGAGUGCCCGAGGCAGACGAGGCCCAGGAAGAGGAGGAGGAGAAGGAGCCCGUGCCUCAGCUCCCACAGUCAGAUGACACUCGAGUGGAGAACAUGGACAUCAGUGACGAGGAGGAGGGUGCGACCCCGCCAUCCGGGUCCCCAGAGGUGCUGGAGGAGGACGAGGCAGAGCUGGAGCUGCAGAAGCAGCUGGAGAAGGGGCGCCGGCUGCGGCAGCUGCAGCAGCUACAGCAGCUGCGAGACAGCGGUGAGAAGGUGGUGGAGAUUGUGAAGAAACUGGAGUCCCGCCAGCGGGCCUGGGAGGAGGACGAGGACCCGGAACGGAAGGGGACCAUCGUGUUCAAUGCCACGUCGGAAUUCUGCCGCACCUUGGGGGAGAUCCCCACCUACGGGCUGGCGGGUAAUCGAGAGGAGCAGGAGGAGCUCAUGGACUUUGAACGUGACGAGGAGCGCUCGGCCAAUGGCGGCUCUGACUCGGACGGAGAGGAGAACAUUGGCUGGAGCACAGUCAACCUGGAUGAGGAGAAGCAGCAUCAGGACUUCUCUGCCUCCUCCACCACCAUCCUGGACGAGGAGCCCAUUGUGAAUAGAGGCCUGGCAGCCGCCCUGCUCCUGUGUCAAAACAAAGGGCUGUUGGAGACGACGGUACAGAAGGUGGCCCGGGUGAAGGCACCCAACAAGUCCCUGCCGUCAGCUGUGUACUGCAUCGAGGAUAAGAUGGCCAUUGACGACAAGUACAGCCGGCGGGAGGAGUACCGGGGCUUCACCCAGGACUUCAAGGAGAAGGAUGGCUACAAGCCUGACGUGAAGAUUGAGUACGUGGACGAGACGGGCCGGAAGCUCACACCCAAGGAGGCUUUCCGGCAGCUGUCCCACCGCUUCCACGGGAAGGGCUCAGGCAAGAUGAAGACGGAGCGGCGCAUGAAAAAGCUGGAUGAGGAGGCGCUCCUGAAGAAGAUGAGCUCCAGCGACACGCCCCUGGGCACCGUGGCUUUGCUCCAGGAGAAACAAAAGGCCCAGAAGACGCCAUACAUCGUGCUCAGUGGCAGUGGCAAGAGCAUGAAUGCGAACACCAUCACCAAGUGAGGCCAACCGCCCGCCGACCCCGCCCCAACUGUAAUGUUAAAUAAAGCUCCCUCCUUAGUUUUUCCUCCCUGGUCAUAGUGCAGAUGCGAGGGUUAGACCUGGGAGGAGAGGCAGGCUGUACUGGGAGCAGCAUCAGCAACACGGCCCUCAGGCAGGAUCCACGGUCAGCUGUGUGACCUCAGGCAAGUCAGGAACCUCUCUGAGUCUUAGUUUUGCCAUUUGUACAGGGUGUCUUGUGACGAUUGAAUGAGCUCAUUUAUUGACUCAUUCACCUGGAAUUCAGAAGUGGCUUAGAAUCUGACCUCUGCUAAGUGAGACCUGGUGGGCAGAUGACAUUAAUGACCAAAUGAGAUGAAGGGAGAGAACUAGCCCGGAUCCUCUAAGACUUUUACCCACACCUUGGGUCCCAGCCCGUCAGAGAAGCCAGUUGGUUUCUUUUCUCAACCUCCCGGCCCCCACGACCCCUAGCGUGGUGACACAGGUCCUGGGUGAUGGUGGAAGGUCACACCUUAUCCUCUGCAAGGCUGGUUUCCAGGUAAGAAGUAGAAGGUAUUUUAGACUUGGUCACCUGGUCUCUCCUAGCCUCCACUGCUACACAAGUCACUGCCCUUCCGAGCCCAGGACUGACCAGCCUGGCGGGGCUGGGACUGGGCUGUGUGCAGGGCGGUGGUGCCCCCCAUGCUCCUCGCUCCCUUGUCUGUGGAGAAGAGAGAGCAUCCUCAGGGCAGGAGCUGCUUAGAGCGCCUCCGGGAGAAUUGUCCCAGGUCCAGUCACAACAGGGACAGUGAGAGUCCUCGAGUGAGCACUGAGUGAGGAGGGUGACAGGUGACCUCCAUGGGUGAGGACAGACCCGGCAUUCUGCCCCCACUGACACCCAGGUGCGUUCCAGACGGCUCAGAUUUUUUUAAAAUGAAACCGAAAAAUAAGAAAAAACUGAACUUCUACGAAUAAUCUUGGGGUGGGGAAAAUGUAAACAAAGGACAAAAUACAGUUGCCUUAACCGAC